AAAAUAGAGAGAAACCUAACAUUUUCUGCUUGUCUUUUCAUUUCGUUUGAUACACAGAGUCCUGAAAAAGAGGAUCUCCAAGUUGACACCCAAGUUGACACCCCAGAUGAAUACCAUUCUGAUCAUGAGGGGAAUGCUGUUGCCUCUGAUGUUCAGGGAAUAGAAACACCACCUGCAGAGCAGGAAAGGUAACCGAAAUCAGUGGGACUUAAAUUGGAUAUUUUGAUACUAAUGGGUAGAAUAUUUAGCUUUUUAAGGUGAAGACAAUAUUUUGCUUUGUCACUGGCUACACUGAGGGCGAAGAAACUUAAUUGAGCUUUUCUAAUGGGUGAAUUUUAUGCGAAGAACUGCGCUGUUCUGUUAUCGAACUAGAACUGUUAUCUUGAAAGUGGGAAUUUUAGACUUCAAUCACUUAUAUAUAGUUAAGCUUUGGUGAAACAUUUACUUUGGAACGUCAACUUAACCCGUUUGGAUUAGCAUGUUGUCUUUUGAUGAAAUAAAUAGAGGAUAUCACAUGGCCACGCGGGGAUACAAAUUUUAUCGUCUCAGUACGAGAAGAUAAAAUUCGUACCCCCAAGCGGCCAUGUAAUGUUCUGUUUACUUUAUAGAUACUGAUGAAAUUUCAAAAGAACCGGCCGCGCGCCAGAGCGGAAAGCUCUCUUGUAAUUGGCUAAUCAUGUUAGUAACCAUGGCGACACCAAUAUCCUCACACGUGAAAGAUGAAAAUAGUAUCUUCACUGCGGGCGAUGAAGAUAUGAUUUUUUAGUGAAAGGAAAAAUCCUGGUAUUUCAUCAGUAUCUAUAUAAUAAAAACUGUUAACGCACUAUUAAAAGCGUGACUGUUAAAGGUAGACUGUGAAUGUGUGACUGUUAAAGUGUGACUCUCAUAACUUGUUCAUGAAUAUCGACGAAAAUGUCGUGAAUACACUACCCGGAAAAAUUUGUUUCGUUUUCACGUGAUCUAAUCGUCAAUCGGCUGAGGCGGGAAAGUCGAAAUGGUUGAUGUCGCUCUGAGCGAAUUAAUUAGGUACCAAAUCCCACGGACCUGAUAACAAUUUUUAUACAGUUUCAGUCAUAAGGGGUGUGGGAUCCAAAAGGGUGUGGAGAUUUUUAUCUAUAGUUGUUAAAUGACGGCUUUUCUUUUUGUUUCUUCAACAGCCCACGAGAUACCACAAGCGAGAGCCUGACCUCUCGACUGAAUCCCUUAGCAAAGGAAUUUGUUCCCGCAUCACAGGUCUGGAAUAUGUAUUUGAAAACAUCAUCGUCAUAAUUUUCAUGGUCGUCAUCUUUAUUAUUCUUAUCGUUGUCAUUAUCAUUGCUACUAUCAUCAUCAUCAUUCCUUUUUUUGGUAGAGGAAGACUUCAGUGCAAGAGUAUGCACCAGUGAAUAAGUGUAGAAAGAAGACUGGUGCCCGGGCGCGCCGACGAGGAAAGUCGAGUGGUCCUCCACAGAUGCUUGGAGUCGAGUCACCUGAUUGGAUGUCAUUCGCACUUAGCCGAAAAUGUCUUGUUGUUCCGCCUAACUAUCCUUUGGGCUGGAACUCGAGACACUCCUAAAUAUCACAAAACGAAAAAAAAAAAAAAAAAAAAAAACUAAAAGAGGCUGGAUGAAGAAGAUAAAAACUUACUUUUUCUCGAAUACUUUUGAAUAUUAAAAAAAAAAAAAAGAAAUUGUAGUGAUAUUUGUGAUAUUUGCGGCUAAGUCUUUGAUUCCAUGGAAGUUUUGGAUCAGGUGCAUCAGGUAAUCACCGAAUAAGCAUAUUCAAGUAAUUGUAAUCUCUAAUAUUGCCCUGCGCCUUCUCAAUAAUGGAUCACAGACGUCACCGAUGACGUCAAAAUGUUGUACGAACGAAAAAAUUGGCACAGGGGCGCAACCACAUUUUGACCACUUUUCUUGUAGGCUAGAAAAGUGAAAAAGAGGCAACGAUCAUCAAAAAAAUUAUUGCAAAUUUCCAACAUAAAAGAUUGAUAAUUAUUUACUUACAAAAUUUAAGCCAAAUUAAUUGAGGCCCGCCAAACUUGCUGUCAGGCCACAUGUAGAGAAAACUUUUUGUUUCCCUCCAUACAAUUUCUGGUGAUUUCAUUUCCCCUUAUUUUGCUUAAACCUCGGACGUUUUAGAAAAUCAAAAAAAUUAUAUGUAGAUAUAAUUUUUUUUUAUUAAUAGAAACAAUGCUAACAAUUAAUCAAAUUUUUGAAUUUCAAGUAUUUUUCAUUUUACAGAUCGCAGGGUAUUCUGGGUGCAUUCGUUCAGAAAAAUGGCGUCCUCGAGCAUUCAAGAAGAAGGUAA